CUUGCAAGUUAAACGAUCAGCUGAUAUAAUUUUUGUUUACAUUCAAAAGUGUAAAAUUUAAAACGUACGAAAACUCAUUACAAAGUGAUAUCCUGACAUAGUUGCGUACGCGAACGCAAAAACCUGAAAGUUUUGGUUAAACAUAAACAAUUAACAGCUACGCGAACAAUGGCCAUGUUUAUUAAAAGUAUAUGCCAACAAACUCGUUGCGUUCUUCAAAAUCCAGUGAAUUCUUUACAGUUUACACGAAAUAUGAGCGUUUUAGUGAAAUCCCUCAAAUACUCCAAACAUGGCGAACCGGCGGAAGUGCUCGAGAUUGUUGAGGAUCAGUUGAACCAGCCAAAUGAUAAUGAAGUAUUGGUAAAAAUCCUUGCAGCCCCCAUCAAUCCGGCAGAUAUAAAUACUAUACAAGGUAAAUAUCCCGUCAAACCGAAAUUUCCCGCCGUUGGUGGUAACGAAUGUGUCGCUGAAGUUGUGUCAGUCGGUAAAAAAGUCUCUAAAUUGAUCACCGGUCAACACGUAGUACCUUUCGCUACGGGCUUGGGCACUUGGACGACACAUGCUAUUUUCGCCGAGGAACAUCUCAUGCCUGUUUCUUCUAAAAUAGGACUUGCUGAAGCAUCUACGCUUACUGUAAAUCCCUGUACUGCCUAUCGUAUGCUAAAAGAUUUUGUGACUUUGCGUCCUGGAGAUUGCGUCAUACAAAAUGGUGCAAAUAGCGCUGUCGGGCAGGCGGUGCAUCAGUUAUGUAAGGCAUGGGAUAUAAAAUCCGUUGGCAUAGUACGCGAUCGCACAGAUAUAGGUCCCUUGAAAGAUUAUUUAAAGUCACUUGGCGCAACUGAAGUACUAACCGAAGAAGAAAUUCGCGCGAGUCCGCUAUUCAAAGAAAAACAUUUGCCAAAACCGCGACUAGCCUUGAAUUGUGUGGGUGGUAAAAGUGCCACUGAGGUAGCACGUCAUUUGGAAGAUAAAGGUGUAAUGGUCACCUAUGGAGGUAUGUCGCGCGAACCGGUUGUCGCCAGUACAGCUGCCCUCAUUUUCAAAGAUAUAGCAUUCCGCGGUUUUUGGAUGACCCGCUGGACGAAGGAAAACUCUGAUUCGCCGCAACGUACACAAAUGUUCAAUGAUUUGUGUGAAAUGAUCGAGCAGGGAAAGUUCAUCGCCCCGGUACAUGAGAUGGUACCAUUGCAGAAGUUUAGGGAAGCAAUGGCAGCAGCUAUGAAUUUUAAAGGUUUCGCCGGCAAGAAGUUUAUAUUGGACUUGCAGAAUUGAAAGAUAUUUAUAGUAUAUCUUCCUUUAUGUUCAAUAUCGUUUGUUAUCUUUUUACAUAUUUGCUUAUCCACCCUUCGGAAAAAAAUGUAGCUGAUUGUAUUCAUAUGCAUGUAUGUAUGCAUGUAAUUAACAAAGUAGACUGUUUUCAAUUCUUAACAUUAAAACAUCUAUAACUUAUAAUGGGUAAGA